AUACAAAUUUACUCAAGAAAAGAAAGACCUUUCGUUGUCUCCUUUGAAUAUCAGCAGAUUUUUGUUCAUUUUGAUUUAAUACUGUUCUUUUCCUUUCCAAUAUUAAAUUAAAAUGAACGGAGAAAAGAAAGUAAGGACUGAGAAACCAAAGUUAGAAUGCAAAAGGCAGGUGGAGAAGUAGAGUCUUUAUUCAACUCCAACUGCCAUCUGCCACCCCCAAUUACAUCAAAAUAAUAAUAAAAAGAACAAAUAAAAACCUGUUCUCUCACUCACUAACUCUCUCAGCCACCUUAGACCAAUUUCAAUGGCGACCACCUCCAAUUCUCGUCUCUCACUGACCCCUUCCCACUCACUCAACCGACCCACAACGCUCUUCCAUUCUCCACUUUCUGUUUCACUCCCCAGAUCCCCUUUUCACCUUUCCAAAUCCAAAAUCGCCAUCUCUUGUUCUCUGAAUGGACCUGAUAGCACGGCCGAAGGCAUUCCCAUUGAAAAGAGAUAUCCAGCGUUUCCUACGGUUAUGGAUAUUAAUCAAAUACGUGACAUUUUGCCCCAUCGGUUUCCGUUUCUGUUAGUGGAUAGAGUGAUUGAGCAUAAUCCUGGGGUUUCAGUUGUUGCUAUUAAGAAUGUGACUAUCAAUGAUAAUUUCUUUCCUGGGCAUUUCCCGGAGAGACCUAUUAUGCCUGGUGUUCUGAUGGUUGAGGCAAUGGCACAGGUUGGAGGCUUAGUUAUGCUGCAACCAGAAGUGGGAGGCUCUCGUCAGAAUUUCUUCUUUGCAGGAAUUGACAAAGUGAGGUUUCGAAAACCUGUGAUUGCAGGAGACACUUUGGUAAUGAGAAUGACACUUACCAAGUUACAGAAGCGGUUUGGAAUAGCCAAGAUGGAAGGAAAAGCAUAUGUUGGUGGUGAGGUAGUUUGUGAAGGUGAGUUUUUGAUGGCUACUGGAAGUGGAAGUGAAUGAUGAGUUAAUUAUGUAAUCUUUGUAUUGGCCUUUUGUUCCUUACUCUUUCUUAAUGAGAGGAUGAAAAUAUUUCUAAUUUGAAGAGGGUGGAUUUUUGUAUUGAGUAGACAUGAUGGAGUUAGAAAGUAUAAGAAAUAAGUAUUGAAAUUCAGAUUAAUGGCUGAACUCUUUUGUUAACAUUA